AUGGCUCAAGCGCGUGUGUUACGGACUAGUGGUGUAAUUUUAUUGUUGUUUCUAAUAAAAAACACGCUCGCCGUGUCGCCGCCAUGGAUAUUAUCAGUUGAUGUUAAGAAUUAUACGUGUUCGGAGACUGUCUGUGAUUAUUUGUUGCGAGUGAACGGGGAAUUUGAUGCUUGGUCGUUAACCUCUGAGCCGGCCGAUUGCGUUUCACCUUCGGACAUCAAUGUUGUCGGUGUUGAUGUGGAGCUGAAAGUUGAUAGAUCUGCGUUGUUGUACUUCUGUGCGAGGGGUGAGGAUGGUGGGUGGUACCAGCAGGAUAUUUAUUUGGAUGGCGGUGACGUCAUCUCGCGCAAGGAACGAAUAUCCGAAAAUGAAGUCGAAGAUACGCCUCGUGAAGAGAUAGAAGAUCUCGCAGAUGAUGAUGAAGCAAAGACUAUUUACAGAGACAUUGCUGUCAACAAAUAUGGCGAUGAAGUACAAGACGCAGUCGUUGAAACCUUUUUAUAUAAGAAUCCCAAUGAACGAUUCCACAGAGUCAAACGUGAGGUUGAAGCUAAUUUGACCGAAACUUCGACAGCGACACCGAAUGCUUCCGAAUCUAGCUUAGGUGCUAAAGCUACUACUGCUACUACUGCUAUUGCUGCUACUACUAAUUUAAGUAACGCUACGGUAAGAGUAAUGGGGUUGAGGAUAGAGGAGUCCACGAAGGAACCCAAACUUGUCGACGAGGUGAUACCGAGCGUGUUGCGGGAGACUUUGUUCACGAUGAGACUGUUUGGGGAAGGGUUCACUGAUGACACUGUGAUAGCGUUCACACACAUGCCUGAAAAGUAUGGGACACCUUGCCACUUUUUAAUCACUGGAGAGUAUAAGGUCAAAUUGGUAGAAGGAGACUCAGCACUUUUCGAACUGCUCGCACCCCCUCCAUUAGAAGAUUACAAGUUCUAUAUUUGCACGAAAAGGUCACCAACAGAGGACUUCGUGCACCAAGGGAAUGAGAAAUGGAAAAUUUUGGGCACGCACAACAAAUUGUUACCACUUUGGGCUUCCUUGAUAUUAAUCGUCAUUUUACUGAUGCUGGCUUCGCUUUUUUCUGGUCUGAAUCUUGGUCUGAUGGCGCUAGACAGAACUGAGCUGAGGAUUAUAGCCAAUACAGGAACGGAAAAAGAAAGAAAGUAUGCUAGAGCUAUUAUGCCAGUGCGCGCUCAUGGAAACUACUUGCUUUGUACGAUUUUACUGAGUAACGUUGCCGUGAACAGUACGUUUACUGUAAUUUUGGAUGAUUUGACCUCUGGUCUGGUGGCUGUUAUUGGGUCUACUCUAGCGAUCGUGUUUAUCGCUGAGAUUACUCCGCAGGCGAUCUGUGCGAGACACGGGCUCUUCAUUGGUGCCAAGAGUAUUUGGAUUAUGAAGAUUGUCAUGGGUAUUUGCGCACCAUUGGCGUGGCCGACGAGUAAGCUUCUGGAUUACUUCUUAGGUGAAGAAAUUGGUACGCACUACAAUAGAGAGAGGCUAAAGGAACUUGUCAAGGUGACAAAUCACGUGAACGACCUGGACAAGGAAGAAGUGAAUAUCAUUUCCGGUGCCCUCGACCUUCGUAAGAAGAUGGUGAAGGAUGUGAUGACCAAACUGAAUGACUGCUACAUGCUGCCUAUAAACAGCAUACUGGACUUCGAGACCAUGACUGAGAUCGUUAAGUCUGGCUACUCCCGUAUCCCGGUGUACGAAGGGAACCGCGGCAACAUAGUGACGGUGCUGUUCAUCAAGGACCUGGCCUUCGUGGACCCCGACGACAACACGCCGCUGCGCACGCUCUGCCAGUACUACCAGAACCCCUGCAACUUCGUCUUCGAGGACGUCACCCUCGACGUCAUGUUGAAGCAAUUCAAAGAAGGUCACAAAGGACACAUGGCGUUCGUUCAACGAAUCGAAGAAGGCGAUGGUGACCCUGUCUACGAGACGGUGGGCUUGGUGACCUUGGAGGACGUCAUCGAGGAGAUGAUCCAGGCGGAGAUUGUCGACGAGACCGACGUGUUCAGCGACAACCGCACCAAGAAGCGCCUGACGCGGCCCACCAACAAGCUGCACGACAUCGCGGCGUUCGCGGGCCACCAGCACCAGCGCGUGCACGUGUCGCCGCAGCUCGUGCUCGCCACCUUCCAGUUCCUCAGCACCAGUGUGGACGCGUUCCGUCCAGAUAUGAUUUCGGAGACAGUCCUGCGUCGCCUGCUGAAGCAGGACGUGAUCCAGCACAUCAAGCUGCGCGGUGACGAGGAGAAGAACGACCCCAAGAGAUACGUCUUCCAGGAGGGGAAACCGGUGGACUACUUCGUGCUGAUCCUCGAGGGUCGCGUGGAGGUGACGGUGGGUCGGGAGAACCUGGUGUUCGAAGCUGGGCCCUUCACGUACUUCGGAGUUCAGGCCUUGACGCAGAACGUUGGACUCGCUGAGUCCCCGGCGCCGUCGACCCUGGGCUCGCUGCAGAACCUGAACAUGGACUCCAUGCUGCGCCACACCUUCGUGCCGGACUACUCCGUGCGAGCCAUCGCCGAACUCUACUACCUCACCAUUAAGAGAUCGAUGUACUUAGCAGCGAAACGCGCUACGUUGAUGGAAAAGGGCGCGCUCAACAAGGGCGGAACCAACGAGCAGAUUGAACCGGAAGUCGAUAAGCUUCUCCGCGAAGGCGACAAGCUCGAUGAGAUAGUUGAAACUCAAGAAAAAUCGCCAUCUAAACAGUUUACACCGAUAUCAGCCAGUCCUCACACGAACUCCACCUUCAAGCCCAUCGACAAGGGCGACCAUAACUCGGAAGAGGAGAAACUUUUAAAGAAAUAG